AUGUCAGCCAACAAGGAAACUAACCUUGUCCAAGCUUAUGUUGAAUUAAAUAAAUUUUGUCAAAGCAGUGACUAUGAAAGAGCCUUAAAAGCUGCUAAUAAAAUUCUACAGAUAGCACCAACAGAACAGAAGGCUUUCCACUGCAAAAUAAUAUGCUUCAUCCAACUACACAACUUUAAAGAUGCUGUGUCAGCUCUAAGCAAUCCUAAAAAUGCGUCAUUGGCGAGCGAUUUACAUUUUGAGAAGGCAUAUGCUCAAUAUAGACUUAACUGUCCUAAAGAAGCCUUACAGACUGUUGAUAGUGCUCCAGAGCUAACACCAGCUUUGAAAGAAUUGAGGGCUCAAAUAUUAUAUCGCCUCGAGCAAUAUCAAGAUUGCUACAACCUCUACCGUGAUAUUGUGAAGAACACCACUGAUGACUAUGAAGAUGAGAGGAAGGCUAACAUGUCAGCGGUGGUCGCAAACUUGGGGGCAAUUAACCCAAAUGCUGACCUACCCCAAUUUGAAGAGACAACAUAUGAACUGUCAUACAACGCAGGCACGACACUCGCUAUGCGUGGAAAGUAUUCUGAAGCCCUACCCGUAUUGAAGAGAGCUGAACAAUCUUGCUCCGAGAGUGUGAUAGAUGAUGGUGGUACUGAGGAGGAGGCAAAAGAAGAAGCUGCUAUUAUCAGAGUGCAACAAGCAUACUGCCUGCAACAGGUUGGCAAGGAGAAGGAGGCAGCCAAUCUAUAUCAUAAUGUUUUGAAGGACAAACCUAGUGACCAGGCUUUGGUUGCUAUAGCCAGCAACAAUUUGGUUGUCAUCAAUAGGGACACAAAUGUGUUUGAUUCGCGCAAACGUAUGAAGGCGGCAACUCAAGACGGCUUGGAACAUAAACUCAACUCGAGACAGAGAGCUAGCAUUGUUUACAACCAGGCUAUACUAGCUAUAUUCUCUAAUCAGCCGGACUUCUGCAAGCAAUGCUGCGUGAAACUGAACCGUGAGUUCAACGCGGACAAACGUGCCGUCCUUGUCGAAGCCUCCUCGCUAGUAAAGGACGGCAAGAGUACUCAGGCUGUGAACCUGUUGCUUAAAGUUGGGGGUACGCUGACUUUGGCCGCUGCUCAAGUUUUGUUGGCGCAGGGCGAUCGCAAAGCAGCAGUGAAACUUCUAGAAGAAAGCGAAUUCAAGUACCGUCCAGCUGUCAUUGGAGUACUCUGUACUUUGCUCACUGCGGACAAUGAGUAUGAGAAAGCAUCCAAACUAUUCACAGAGGUGUAUGAACAUUAUAAGAAUGAUGAAGAGAAGCUCAAGUCCCUCCGUGCGGUGUGGCGCGCGGCGGGCGAGGCGCACAGUCGCGCGGGGGACACCGCGGCGGCCGCACGUGCGCACGCGGCGCUCGUGCACGCGGCGCCGGGUGAUAAGCGCACGCUUGCGAGACUCGUCAAGGCGAUGCUGCACGAACCAGAGGAGGCGAAGAAGCUCGCUACUAAACUGCCCCCUAUUAAUCAGCUAGAGGGUAAAAUCGAUAUAGAUGCAUUGGAAUCGUCCAAAUGGAUGAUGGGCGCUAAGGUCGUGAAGAAAACCGUACAGAGCAAACAGGAGCAAUCGCCUGGUACGCCUGGUUCCGAACUUGGGCAAAAGAAGAAAACUAAAAGGAAGCGCAAGACAAAGCUGCCGCCCACCGCCGAUAUCUCUAAAGGUCCGGAUCCAGAAAGAUGGCUGCCAAAAUACGAGCGCACGGCGUACCGCAAGCGCCGUGGUAUCCGUCGUGACGUCAUCAAGGGCAGCCAGGGGAUGACAACCGCUGCCGUUGAUCAAUACGACAUGAGCAAACAAACGCCAAGCGCGGCCGCUACCACAGCCAAGAGUCCUCGCAUAGAACCAAAGUCGAGUGACAGCGCGUGGCAAAGGAAACAACAGCAGAAGAAGAAGGGCAAAGGCCGAAAGUGGUAGAAAUAAUUAAUAAAUUAUUUUACUGGCAA